AACAAAGGCAAAGAGAUACUCUCUUUAACAAUGCUUAGACUGAUAACAGUUCAGCAGGGAAGCUGGUUCUCCAGCUUGAUGAUAUUCUCUGCCAUUUGCUCGUUAUCGUCUCUCAUGCUAAAAUCUGAAGGAACAAACCAUACAGUUGGCGACAGCUCUGGUUGGGACCUCAUGACAAACUAUACCAACUGGACGCAGGGAAGAGAAUUUCAUGUCGGUGAUGUCUUAGUUUUCAACUACAACGUGGACCAGCAUAACGUUAUGCAAGUUAACUCCACGGCAUACGCAGACUGUGGAAGAGACAAUUACAUCUCUCUCUUCACCAAAGGCAACGACUCGAUCAUUAUGUCAGAGGUCGGAGAGCACUGUUUCAUCUGUGCAAUGUACGAUCACUGUGAGAAUGGCCAGAAGCUAAGUAUUAAUGUAGCUCCUUGAGUUACUGUUGAUGAGUAAUUUUCAAAGAUAGGCAGCUUGUUGUUUGGGUCGUCUCUCUCUAGUACCAAAAAUAAUGUCAUUUACUUGAAUAAUUAUAUAUCAUGAGCUUGAAUAA